UCAAAACCCGGUAAAAAUGUUAAAAAUUGUUGGUAAGAAAAAUGAAAAGGCUUGAGUAUGGACACGAUCGCUGCGGCUGGGUUGGGGGUGGCUCUUAUUCUCAUACUGUUGGUGCUUAGGUGGAAAGUCAGGACUAUGAAGAUGGUGGUUCAUUCACGGCCAGAGUCAAUAGGCGACGCGGACAUACUGUCAGGAUGUCGGUCGUCGCAACUAGUCCACCGUCUGUGUCCGCACAACAACGUCAUCCAGAGUUUCGAUGUAGAACAGAAGGACAGCUUGGACGACCACCUCGAUAUACUUGCUAGGAAGCUCGCUGAUAAGGAAAGCCGUCUCCGCCUCUCAAAAUCCAAGAUCAGAGAGACACAAAACGAGAUUCAAAACCUUCAAGCGAUAGACCAGAGCGUGCGCCUCCGUUACCGUGAGAUCAUGGACUCGCUCCGCAACGAUCUGAGCAGCAACGAGAAGGAAUGCCGCAAGCUGCAAGAGCAGAUCGAGUGGGUGUCGCGCAGGAGGGCCGAGCUGAAAGAAGAGGCGAGUUUGGCGAUAGAUUUUGAGAGUUUACACCGUAUUCCAGAGUACGGUGCGUUGACGUUCUGUGACCAGGCGAACAAGAAACAGAAGGAGGCCAGCCGGUCGCCGCAGAAGCAUGUUGAGCUGCUUGGAGGGACGGUACGCCGCGGACACCGUCUCUACGGCGAAGCGGCGGCGGAACUCGCCAGCAAUUUAGCAGAGCUACAAAAAAUGGGACCUGACCGAGUCACAGAGAAGAUCGUCCCCACCUCCCCCUACCAGAGACACAGGAAGGAGCCCCAUUUACCGAGCGCUCCAGUGGCACCUCUGGUCAUCAAAAGUUCGCCACCAGAAGUGAUUCCGUUAGGAUCUGGUCAACUGGGAUAUCACACACCGAUGUAAUGCCGUGAAUAUUGUGAUUUUGAUAUUUUAUUUACUGAAUUUUAAUAUGUUAUACAAUAUUUAUGAUAUAUUUAUUUAUUACAGAAUAUUAUUGCAUUAUGCAUUAUA